CUCCACAAACAAGCAACGCAUCCUCAUCCCUCCAGUCUUCACUGCACCAUCUAGCUAGCUCUUGUUAGAUCGACCGGCAAUGGCGUCCACCAAGGCUCUCUUCCUGCUCGCCGUCCUCCUCGCGUCCGCCGUCCUCCUCGCCACCGCGGCCUCCGAACAAACUCAUGACAAGGAGGGGAAGGUGGUGACCAACGGUGCCGGCGUCCAGGACGACUGGCGUGGCGGCGGCCGCGGCGGAGGGUACCCGGGCCGCGGGGGCGGCGGCUACGGGCCCUGCGGCCGGUGGGGCUGCUGCCGCCGUGGGUACCACGGCGACUGCAUCCGGUGCUGCCGGGCGGCCAACGACGUCCCGGAGGCCAUGGACCGCACUGAGGCGCACAACUAGCUGGCUGGCUAUGGCUUGGCUUGGCUAGCAAGCAGGACCCAUGAUCCGGAAGCUAGCUUCUUCCAGGGUACUGAAUAAAAUAAAUCUCCGGUUUUGUGAUCUACUCCUAUAUGUUUCGGAUGAACGUAUGUAUCUAUCUAUACGUACGUACGUAGUCCUCAUCCUUUGUUUGGUUGGAAAUAAAAGGAAUGUCAUGUGUUGUUGUGUUCCCA